AUGUUACCAGAUGGAGAGAAGAUUAUUGUCCGAAUCAGGGCUUUUCUAAAGAAAGCAUAUCCUGCACAAAAAAAGCCUAUAUCGACUGCUCUUAGUGCAAAUUAUAAGAGCUUGGAAUAUCGUUUUCUAGGGACAUUCCAGCCUACCCAGUAUAACAUUUCUAAGUCAGAUAUCGACCAAUAUUUUGAUACUCCUACGAUUAGUACUGGUUUUGAUCCAAACCAGAGUCAGACUGAGUUUAUAAGAAACUGGUGGAAGGCCAACAAGCUUAAAUUUCCUUGUAUGGCCAAGGUAGCACAAGAUCACCUUACUAUACCAGCAGCAGAGGUAGAUAUAGAGAGAUUGUUCAAUGGCGGGAGAGAUAUAUUAGGAAUCCGACGCUUCUCUAUGAAUGUUCGAAAAUUCGUGCGGAGCGGUAUCAUUAUCAACUCCAGCGCUGCACAUACAGAACAUCUUCGUAGGCUAGGCACAACCGCGGUGCUAGAUCUCCAGGCAGCACCCAACGACUUCGCUAGUGCAAUUGGAGACGAUGCAGCACUUGACUCCAUUCUUGAUACCAUCUCUGCUAAUGUCACCAAGCAACUAUCGGUGGACAUAGUCAAAGCAAUCAAGUUAACGAAAGCGGGAACUACUCGAAUUAUCACUGUUAAGAUAAAAGAACUGGACUUUGAGGCAUUUGACGCCGAUAACGAACCAAAAGCAAAUUUUACUACGAUUCUUGGUACUGGCAAUCUCCCUUCGCUUCGGUACAUGAGUGAACCAUUCGCAAAACCUCUUGGAGGAAAUGAAGAUUACAUUGCUCGUAGUCUCUUUGAGCCAAAUCGGCCAGUUGUCUUGCUGGAAGGUUGA